AGGACGGGGCAGGGAAGGCGGCGGUUCGCAGCAGGGUGCCUGGUGCUCUGGUACACCACUCAGUGCUGAAAUGUGCUGGGACUGCUGAGCCCGCGCCUGGAGGUCCUUUAAGGGAGGCCACGCCCCCUCGCCGCCUGGUCCGCCCCAUCCGCCGCCAUGAUCUGCCUGGUGCUGACCAUCCUCGCUAACCUCUUUCCCGCAGCCUACAGCGGCGUGAACGAGCGCACGUUCUUGGCAGUGAAGCCCGACGGCGUGCAGCGGCGGCUGGUGGGCGAGAUCGUGCGUCGCUUUGAGAGAAAGGGCUUCAAGCUGGUGGCACUAAAGCUAGUGCAGGCUUCCGAAGAGCUGUUGCGGGAGCAUUAUGCCGAGCUGCGCGAGAGACCUUUCUACAGCCGACUAGUUAAAUACAUGAGCUCUGGUCCCGUGGUGGCCAUGGUGUGGCAAGGGAUGGACGUUGUGCGUGCUUCGCGGGCCCUCAUAGGGGCCACUGACCCAGGGGACGCCAUGCCUGGCACUAUCCGUGGGGAUUUCUGCGUGGAAGUUGGCAAGAAUGUGAUUCAUGGCAGUGACUCGGUGGAAAGCGCUCACAGAGAGAUUGCGCUUUGGUUCCACGAGGAAGAGCUUCUGUGUUGGGAGGACAGCGCUGGGCAUUGGCUGUAUGAAUAGAUGCUACUAAAGUCAGCGUUACCAACCUGGAGGUUGCUGGUCUUCACCAUCCUCACAGAGCUCGGCACAGGAACAGUGCUAUGGGUGCAGGUCCACCUGACCCAGUCUGUCCAGGGACAGCCACUCCCACAUCCCUCCCUGUAUUUCUUUUCAUAAUAAACUGCAGAAAACCCUUG